CGGGCGGUGGGAGUCCCUUUGGCCGCCAUGUUCGCAGGCCGGACGGCGCCCGGCGCCGACGUGGAGUCGCUGUGGAGGAGCGCCCGGAGCGCGCGCUGCGAGCCGAAAAGCUGCCAGACUGAGAAAAUUUCAACAGCAGAAACUGCAGUACAAUCUCACACUAGCCGAGAUGCUGGCGUGCAGACGGAUCAGAGUAAAGAUGCUGUCCAAGACUUCCAGCAAGAAGUCCAAGUAGAUUACACUAGCCUUCUAUCAUUCCUUCAGAGAGUGGAGGAUGGUGUUGUCAAAGAGCUAAAUAAAAACUGGAAAAGCCGUGCCUUUGAUGGCUUUGAAGUGAACUGGAGAGAUCAGAAUGAAACAGUGUUGUGUUUGCACACGUUGUCAUACCCAGAGGCUCAGGAUCAAAACCUACAGGUUACCAGCAUCUCGUGGAAUGCAACUGGCUCUGUUGUUGCGUGUUCAUAUGGUCGGUUGGGUGCCGGGGACUGGAGCACAGAAAAAUCCUAUGUCUGUACCUGGAAUCUGGACAGAAGAGGGUUGAAUCCACAGCGCCCUGACGUGGUGGUGGAUGUUCCCAGCUCUGUUAUGUGCCUGGCUUUCCACCCCUCCCAGCCUUCCCUGAUAGCUGGUGGCCUGUUCAGUGGGGAGCUGGUAGUGUGGGAUACUGGCAGAACAGAAGACCCUGUGAUCUGGAGGACUGGGAUGACGGAUGACACUCACACUGAUCCAGUCUAUCAGGUUAACUGGUUACCUGACGCCAAGCACAGAAACCACGCCCAGCUGUUGAGCGUGUCGACGGAUGGGAAGAUCCUGGUAUGGAGGGAGGAUCGAGACGGUCGGCUAGCCUUGGCCAAAGGCUUCGCCAUGGUGGCUCAGCAGAUCCCUCGCAGCACUCAGCUGAAGAAGUUCGCCUGGGGCGAGGCAGCUGUGGGGGUGACCUCGCUCUCUUUUUCACACUUCGAUCCCCAUGUGUUCGUUGUUGGUGUGGAAGGUGGCUAUUCCCUGAAGUGCUCCACUGCAGCUGAGACGCUGGCUCUUCAUCGGACGGGCAGUUCUGUUCCACUCAGGGCACCAGCGGAGCUCGCCUUCUCCCCGCACGGUGGGCCGGUGUACUCUGUGAGCUGCUCGCCCUUCCACAGGAACCUCUUUCUGAGCUGUGGGACCGAUGGACAGGUUCACUUGCACUCCAUGUUGCAGGCACAACCCCUCGUCUCUUUUCAGCUAUCGAAGAAGUACCUCUUCUGCGUACGCUGGUCUCCAGUUCGACCGCUGGUCUUCGCAGCUGCGUCUGGGGAAGGAGCUGUGCACCUCUUUGACUUUGAGAAGAGCUUGCAGAAGCCUGCUGUUUCCAUAAAGCAGGCUGCGGGUGAAAGCCCCGUGUACUGCUUUGAAUUUAAUGUCAAGCAACCUCAGCUCUUGGCAGCAGGGGAUGCUGCCGGUACAGUCAAAGUCUGGCAGCUGAGUUCUGACUUCACUGAGCAGGGACCCAGGGAAAUUAAUCAUCUGGAGCAGCUGGCGAGCGAGAUCACGGACUGAGGCAGCGACACAACCAGCCACGUGAAGCUUGUUACUGCACCAACUCCAGGGAAAGUUGCCUGCUCACCUCUUCCACAGCAUUGGCCCGUAAAACACGCGUAACCCUGACAGCUGGAGUUUCAUCCACAUAACAGUUAAAUUAGCACUUAGCCAUUAAACACAAGAUGAUGUGGUUCGACCAGUAACUUUUAUUGAAGCACACUGCAAUGUUUGUUUUCCCUAAGUUUUAAGCUAAGCAGUUUAAGGUUACAUCAUAAAGUAACAUUGAUUAUUGUAGAGCACAAAGAGAGACACAUGCAGAGCUACAGUCAGCAAACGUGAGCAUGUUCUUUGCAUCUUCCGGUACUAGUGUUUUAGAUCAAUUCACAAAGAGUGAACGCGUAAAUUCUAUGUAGUCGUAGGCAGAGGGAAGUUCUCUGCCCUUGCCGUCCAUGUAGGGCUUCAUGUGAGAAAUGCAGUAAUCGGCUUGUUCCCGGGUCAGGUUCUGAAAGACAAAGACAGCGCGGAAAUGGAGACGGGCACUCCGAGGCUGCGCACGGGGCGUUUACAAGCAGCCCACCCUUUCCCAGGGGCUCCCAGCUCGGAGCAGGAGCCGGAGCAGCAGGACUACACCCGGCAUGGAAAUGCUCUCGCUGUUGGCACUACUUGGUUAGGGCUUGGAAGGCCUGACCUGAGUCUUCCCACCAAAGAGAACAGGUAACUGAUACAAGGGAGCAGCGCAACCUCUUUAUUGCUCUGCCAGCUGGUGGGAUUCAGACAGGAAAAACUUGCUGUCUUGGCAGGGCUGUGAGAGGGAGGAGAUGUUCAUACUGCGUAAGCUUAGAUACAAAAGUUUCUCCUUUGAAUCACUGUCUGGAGAAACAUCUCCCUCUAGUCUCCCAAACGAUUAAAGGAAAAGAUGAUA